AUGCUAUUUUCUGAAUUAUCUCCAUUUGCUUCAUCAUUUUCUUCUAUAAUAGUAUCAGAAAUAGGUGAUAAGGUAAUUUAAAUAUAUAUCAUAGACGUUCUUUAUUACAGCAAUUUUGGGAAUGACUUAUUCUAUGAGUUUGGUAUUUUUAGGUUCUUACACAGCAAUGGUUUUAAUGACUUUGUUAUCAUGUUUCUUUGGAUUUCUAUUACCUUAAAUUUUGAAUCCAACAUAUACACAUGCUUUAGCUUGUAUAAUGUUUUUUUACUUUGGAUAAAAAUUGUUGAGAGAAUUUAUGAGUUAAGAUCACAAUGAAAAUGAUGAUGAAGAAUAGGAAGCAGUUUUAGAAGUGAAUAAGGUCAAAUCUAAACUUAGUAAAUAAUCAGAUUCUAAAAAUGUGUCAAAUUUAGAAGUUCUAAGAGCAGCAAUAGCAUUAACUUUCUUAGCAGAAUGGGGAGAUCGAAGUUAGAUUACAACAAUUGCAUUGGCUACUGAAGAGACAUUUGUAGUACUUGUAGGUGCACUACUUGGCCAUUUUAUAUGUACAAGUACAGCAGUACUUGGAGGAAAAAUGAUCUCAUCAAAAAUUUCAGAAAAAUAUGUAUUAUUUUUAUAAGAUUUAUUUAUUUAGAUCCAUCUUUGUGGAGGAAUUCUAUUUGUCUUAUUCGGGUUGCAUAACAUAAAAAUGCUUUUAUGA